CGCCAUCGCUCCAGUCAGCGAAGUCCUGCCUCAAUCGAGAAAGCUGCGGAAACGCUUCAGGAGUGAAAAUAAAAUAUCAUUCUUUAUUCGGAAAUUGAAAAGCCAAGCAAAGCCAGAAAAUGGAAGCUGCCACUGAAGAUAUAGAGCACUCCUGAGGAUGACCAUUGAGGGUAAAGUACAGGUGAAAAGUGUCACACAAAAGGCUCUCCUCGCAUCGACAGCAAAUAGCAACAGCAUCGACAUCCGCAGCAGCAUCAGCAGCAGCAGCAGCAGCAACAGCAGCAGCAGCAACAGCCCGAAGGUAUCAUCCACGGGAAGAAGAACCAACAAAAAUCAACGUUAAUGUUCUGCAGCCGCAGUGAAGAUUAAGAAGCAUCGUUGCAAUGCCAUCCCGUCGCGCCGGCGGCGGCACAAUCAAGCGGAAGCACUCCCUGGGGAACCUGCGACGUGCGCAUCCCGCCUCCGGAGCCACAUGGAAUGUGCAGGUGGUCAGAGGUAAAAUGUCCUCAAAGUGCUUGUGGCAUGCCUGUCGGGCUCUGAUCCUGGGCCUGACGCUGAUGCUCUUGGGCGCCGGAAUGGCCACCCUGGGCUACUAUGCGGAUCACCUGUCGAUGGGGUCGGAGCUGCGGGGCAAUGUGACGGUGCGCGUGAAGAACGACCUGAAGGGCUUCCAUCUGAACAACUUUGCGUAUGUGGGGCCCAUUGUGAUGGGCUUUGGGGGCUUCAUUGUGGUGGCCUCCUGUGUGAUGACCUUCGAGGCACGCGACUCGGCUGCGAAGGUGGUGCCGGCACGACUACGUGCCGGAGGAGGAGGAGGCAGCAGCAAGAAUCCAACGCGGAGUAAUCAGGGAUCAUCCGCUUCGCAGCGACGGGGAAUGGGUGCCCAAUACCAAUCCACGCGCUGGGAUCAGCAUUUCGGGGUGUUCCGCUCAUCGCCGGGCGAUCCCCACCAGCAGCCACAGGCAGCCAUACUCUCUGCCACGCAUCCGCAUCCGCAUCACCAGCAGCUGCAGCAACAGCAGCAGCAGCAACCCUUCGAUAGGGAGGCACUGACCGCGGAGUUGGUGAAAUUCUCCAAGUCCCUCAGUCGCCAAUCCACACGCUUUUCGCCGCAGUUGCGCCGCCUCACAUGCACUGGAUCAGUGCCCGAUCUGUCCACCAUCCAUGCCGCUGCCACCGCUCAUGCUCAUGCUCAUGAUCAUGCCAAUCUCCUUGAAUACACCUCCAACACCACCACCACCACCAACGCCGCCACUAAUCCCUCCAAUUUGCUCUCACUGCACCACUACCACCACCUGAUGACGACGACGCCGCUGGACACGCUGCUGCACACGGGUCCGUGCUGCACGAAACGCCAUCGGCGCCACCACCACCGGCACUCGCAUCACCAUCACCACGACCACAACCAACGACACCACCCGAAACCCUCGUCGUCGUCGGCAAGCAGCAGCGUGAGGAGAGUGCGCCAGGGGCGUCCCUGGGCAGGCCCAGGCCCGUCUGCCGCCGCCGCUGCCUCCUCCUCCUCGACUCGCAUCAUUAGCAACUCCUCGAGCCUUAUCCAGCGGGCCACACGAGAGUGCUCCUUGCUGCAGCCCCCGGCAGCGGGUCGGGUGUACUGGCAGGCCUCCUCUUUUGAUGGCGGCAGUGGCCAUGCCCAUGCGGCUGUCGCCAUCUCCAGCGCCGAAAAGCGCAGCGAGCGGAACAAACGCUCGGACACGGCCAAGCGGCAUGUCCUAUCCCGCCAGCGUCCCAUCGAGCAGGAGGAGGGACGUAGUCCUCUUGGAAACAGGCGCAAUUCCACCAUGUCGGAUUCCUCGUACAGUGGCCGCUGGACGGCUCGCUGUGCGUCGGUGGCUAGUCGCACUUCCAGCAUUGAGUCGAGGCGCGUUCAGGUCGAUCUGCACAGCCCGGAGGUGAUUCCCAAGUCAAUACUGCGCUCACCAAAGCGCUACAGUUCCGGACCCUCGGCCACGCCAUCGGUGGAUAAGGAUUUUCGAAGCCAAUUGUCUGUGUGCUCGGAGCCACCGCCUCCUGUCCGUCAGCUGUCGGGGCAGUCGAGCAUGGAGCCCGCCGUGCCGGAGGAGAGCCUCGAACAGGCCGAGGAUAGGUCCUACGAUGAGGUGCUGGCGCUGGAGCAUCAACCGAGCAGCCUGCCUCCGAAGAAGGUGCGCCCGGACUUUCUGCCUCUCUCUCGCAGCGAGCAAGAGGAGAAUCCGAAUCAGAAUCAGAAUCAACAGAAGCAAAAUCAGAAUCAACAGAAGACGAUAGCUGCUGUCCCACUGUUUCGCAGCAACAGCUCUCGGCAGUUCUACAGGCCCAAGGCGGCGGUGGCUAGUGAGUUGGAUGACUCUGUGUUCCAUGCCCGCUCCAUGGAACGGGGAUUGGCCAAGGGCACUGGCAGUGCCGAUGAUCAGAUGUACGAUUCCCUCAAAGUGAUCAACGAACGGCGCUCCACGCUGCUGAAGGCGGACUCACAGAGUUCGCUGGCAUCGGCAGAGCGGAAACUAAGCAGUUUCUCGUUGAAGAUGCCCGAGAUCACAGAGCGGGAGAACUCCAUAGAUGUGGAAGAGGCACCACCACCACCACCACCACCACCACCACAGUCACCUGUCCCUGCCGCUGACUCUGCCCCUGAAAAGGAUAUAGAGCUUGGCAAAAUUGAUCCCUAGGAUCCGUAGGAUGCCCGCGGGAAUUGCGCAUAUGUAAAACAGCAGCCAUCGACAAUUACUUUAGAAAUUGAUGUAUAUUUGUAUUGUAUUGUAUUGUAUUGUAUGUGUGUGUCGUCUCUUGUUAGAUCGUAUUUAGAUAAGUGUUAUACCUCCCCCACACACGGACUGGUUCUGUAUCUACCCACUCCCACAGCAAUCCAGCAAUCGUUAAUCGACUAAAAGAACUAAGAACUAAGGAAUCAU